CAAAGAGUCAGAGAAAAGGAAGCACCUGCUCCUAUUAUCUUAUUUUAAUUUUAUUUGCAUUCUGUUCAUUUCUCCCAUGCAAAAUAAAAACUCCUAGGUUUGGAUUACUGGAGCUGGAAGGGGAGAGAGAGAUUCCCUCUCCUGUGACUGGCUUGCUUUCUAGGGUGGAAAGGAGGGGAGAGAGACAAAAUAAAUUCUGGAAGCGACCGCUGAGAAAACCAACUUUGUCUUGGCCAGGCUGAUCUCUGAGAAGGCGAAGAGGAGAAGCGCUCAAGGAAAAGGUGAAGUAAUGAAUUCUGGGGGAACUUCAGUUUUCCAAGUCUUUUUACACCAACUGUUUGUUUUUCCUAAGUCUGUAAUGAGUGGGUCGGCAGCCCCACAGAAGAUCUCUGGUGGUUUUCAGAGAGCAGCAUUUCCUGGGCAAUGCAGAGAAAAGAAAUCCGAGGACCGGUUGAUUUGUGCAUUUGCCUCUGUUUGAAUUGGCUGAGCGAGAGGCAGUUUGGAGCAGGGUAGCCCUGCCGCCUCUUUCAAAAUCCUGGGCUUCACCUGAUUUGAUAUCUCUAGUUGGGGGAAUUUGGUGUAUUUCAAAUAUCUCAUUGUUACACUGGAGGCAGGCUUGUGAUGUAGUCCUAGAAUCAUAGAACGGUAAGAUUUGGAAGGGAAUCUUUGGCCCAGUGUGGGGCUCGAACCCAAGACCCUCAAGAUCUACUGACUGAGCUGUCGGGAAAGAAGUUCCCAGGAUUGGGUGCGUGUUGGAUGGUGGGGAUGAAGACUCCUACGGGGAAAAUGUGCCCAUUAAACUUCCCCAUAAGCAGGAGGCGGGUCCAUUCUUCCAAGUUCCAUUGAACUAAAUGGCGUGACUCCCAUUCAUUCCAAUGGGGCUGGUGAAGGAGCAGAAGCAGCGCCACUGAAGGAAGGGGACUGGGCAGGGGAGGCCGGCCCAAGACAUUUGGGCCAAAAGGGCACCAGGGAAGCUCGGCCCUGAAAGACUGGCCGCAUGUCGGGAUUUGCUGCCUGAUAGGCCCGCUCCCCUUGCUCGGCAGGGCGCCUGGGGCGCAUCCCAGGAACCAAGGCGGACAAGUUCCGCCCGGCUCUGCCCAAGGCCGCCGGGUUGGGCGCUUCCAGGCCGGGCCUGGAGGAUCCGCCGGGCCUUGCUCCCGAGGAGCAACUUCACUCAGCCCUUCUUUCGGGGGGAGGCGGAGAAAUGCCCUUUGGGGCUUCGCCCCAGGCGCCAGGCCCACUCCCUCGAAAGCCUCUCGUCAGCCGGCUCGCCCGCUCCGGGGUCGGACAGUCCCUGGCCUUCGCCUGAUCGGAACCCGCGACCCGCAGCCUCGCUCUUCUUCUUCGCAUCUCCAGCAGCUCCGCCGAGCCACGAGGGCGGGCCCGGGGUUCUCUCUCGACCGCGCCUUGGUCCCCGCCGUCGGGCCGCCGGCUGUUCUUGGGGACUCCGGCGAGCGCGAGCCCUUUCUCACGCGCAAAGGCGCUUCGCCGCCGCUUCCUCCUCCCGCGGGGGACACGACGCGGAGCUUGGCGGCGCCUCUGGCGGAGGAGCCCCCGCCCGGGCCGGGCGCCCUCGGCGCCAGGUCGCCCCGUCGGAACUGGGCCUCGGGGAGGUGGGGAGGAGGAAGGGCCGCGGGGCGGACGGCGCCCCCUCGGCCUCCCCUCCUCGCCCCAAUCCCAGCGGCGAGGGGGGCUGCGGAAGCCGCUUCGACACCUGCGGCGGAAUGAGGCCGGGAGACCUCGGAGGACAGAAGGACUCUAGGCUCGCUCUGGCUCGUGUGAAAUGUUCCCCGCGCAAGUAGAGAACCCUCGCUGCGCGUAGAAAUGUAGCGCCUCAGGGACCCUGAUGGAUUUUCUGCUUGCGGGGAGGUUAGUUUGAAAUGCGAUCUGCUCCUCCUCGCGACACGGAAAGGCACGCUCCAUUCAGCUGCCUUCGAAGAGAAGUAGCGCCCCGUCCCUCACGGCCGAUUUCGCAUCCCACGAGCUCCGGGACCCAGAGGAUCUUGCUGGCGGGCGGGCGGGCGCUCUUCCGCCAAGGGUGGGGCUCGCCGCCCGCCGGCAGCGCUGGGGUCUCGGCCCAUGUUCCUCGGGCGCCAUCUCUUUGCAAAAUGCCUCCUCCUCCUCCUCCUCCUCCUCCUCCUCCAGCAGGUUUCCCAGAGGCGGCUGCUCUCCCCGCUGGCUGCCUCCCUCCUCCCUUUCGUAGCGCUCGGCGGGUGUGCGCGCACCAGGACUCAGGGUGCGGGUGCAUGUUAGAAAGUACUGUAAGCAGAGACGACAACUUGCCGGAAGCUCCUGACCUGAACCUCGAUUUCUAGGUACUUUGCCGACGGAGGAUGCGUGGCUUUCUCUCUCGGAGAGGAAAGGAAAGCGGCUGCAGUUCUUGAAGGACGCGACCCCCUGCCCAGUGCAGGGCUGUCCUGGGACGCAGAAUCCUUGGUUCUGUUGCCCACCUAGGCACUCGGCUUGCUUUCAGCUCAGAAGAUUGCUCUGGAUUUUGUGUGUGUGUGGCGGGGGGUGGGGUGGGGGUGAGGUAGGGACGAAGUGGGGAAUCCACGCGUGGGACCUCCGUCUCCGCUUCAAAGCGCGUCUCACGCACCCACGCGCUUAGGAGCAAAAACUUACCGUGUCUUCCUUCGCAGGUUCCAAAGACUCACAGCAAAGCGACGAUGUUCCCCAGGCUCUUUCACCAGUGGAGUUUCCUGGUUUUUCUAUUGAGUUACUGUGUACCCUCCUCUGAGAGAUCGCUGGAAGGGAAUAGCCGCAGACUGUAAGUUCCAGUUUGAUCUUCCUCUCCUCUAUCAUUACAAUUGGAGUGGUUGGGGAGGGAAUUUUGAUACAGCAACAGCUCUGAUCUCCUCUUUCUAACAGUGGCAUUUCAGCUUUUCACAGGGGAAUGUGCCUGAAACGUCUUAAACCAGCUGCUUAUGAAGUCAUUGGUCAGGGAUACAGAUUUUAUUCAACCUUUAAAGAAUAAUAGCAAUAAGGACAAGUUUAAUUUUAGAAAAAUAACAGAUAAGGAACUAUCUCUUUCACUGCUUCCAGUUUUUUUAAAAGUGAUGCUGGUUCUCUAUAUGCACAGGAAGAUAUUUUUCAAAGUGUGAUUAUGAAGACUGUUUGGGGACAGCAUAAUAUUUGGAAGAGUUGAGAACAGUGAUGGGGUUGGGGAGAAUCUCACUCAGUGAUUCUUGGCAAUGCAUAAGAGGAACAAUUGCUGUCCUUAAAGGACACAGGGUGGGUGGGGAGCAGAGCCUCACUUGUGUACAAUUACAAAUAUACACACAGACAGUAUUCAUAUUACAGGAAUGCUACAAUAGCAGACACACUACAGACUUCAGAUGUGGAAAAUGGGGCUAUAGGCAUGUUGGCCUAGGUCCCAGCUACACUGUGGGAGAAUAUACAUGACACUUAUAUCACAGACAUUGCCUUCGCCCACCUUGGUACCGUGACAGUUAACAUUAACUUUCUGGUCCAGAGUUAAAUAUCUGAUUUAGUGAGAGUUUUGAGAUAAGAGAAUCUGAGAAAGAACCCAAAACAUGUAUGCUCCCCCACUGCCCCCAUGUCUAUUAAUAUGAAUCAUAUGCCUGCAUAUGUAAACAAAACAGAGAAACCACCCGUGUCAUUAAUCCCGCACUGUGGUUACGAACUAAUGAUCAAUAGAUUUCUAGUUACUUAAGAUCCUGAUCCUGAAAUCUCUUUAUGCUGGUUUAAUUAUUCGGAAGGGGAGUGUCCAAUAAGUUCAGAAGCCAAGUAUAAACCAACAAUUUUAGGAAACCAUAUAUUCCAUAAACUUAGAAGUAACAGUGCUGCUUAUUAGCUUUACGCUGUUUUACUGCUUUUAUUUCUGUUUUUAGGCUCUAUUUUUAUAUUAGUGAUUGAUGUUUCUGGGGGUGGCAUUUAUAUGUCUAAGGGACUUGCCUGAUGCAGUACAUUGAUUGCUGGGAUUACUAAUAAUAAAUCCAUUCAAAUUUGGUUGGAAAAUGCAUGCAUGAACUUUGUCCCAAAAUGCAAUCUUUAAACCUCCUUGAGCAAUGUGGGUAGAGAACACUGUCCUGAAGAUAAAGCUAAAGGACAUUCUCUUCCCCUUGUUAACACUAGUUACGUCUUUUAUUUGGAAAUGCUGUGUGGUAUUCAGCUAGGUUUUACUCAGAUUGGGCAUAUUAAAAUUAAUGGACCCAACUUUGACAUGUUCAUUAAUUUCAGUUGAUCUGCUAUGAGUAAAACUAAGUUGAACGCCACCCCAUGCUUCUCACCACAGCUAAUAAGAAAAUCCAUGUUUGGAUUAGUGUUGAGCCUUUCCCUUGGAACCAGUUCUAUAUAUCUUUCUAUUAAUCAGGGCUCCCUUUCUUCUGAGGCAAUGCUCCCCACCACAAAUCUCUGAUUAUUCCCUCUCCACUAAAUGUUACCAAGGCAAAAUUCGCAGUCACACACCCCUUGGUGCUAACCCAGACUGAGUCACUGUGUGUGAAGCGAUAUUCCUGAACAAAGCCCACAAACAACAACAGCCUGCCAUAUUACAAAGAACAGCUGUUUUGAGUUGAUUGGUAACUUAGUUUGGUAGGCUAUAUACUGAACGCAGCAAGCUGCCAAAAACAGAUUUGGUCCCAAAGACCAUAGCCUCUGCCUGUCCUAUAGUGGUAACUCCAAGCCAACCUCCAACUGUGGAAUGAAAGAGUAAAUUGUGGAAGAGGGGCUUCACAGGAGUCUGUAAACAUGAGAAUGCCACCAAACCCACAAAGUACCUUACAGAUCAGUAAACAUUCUAGUGAUAGAAAGUUUCUUGGCAUGUAUUUUCCUAAAGACUCCAGGAGGAGAAGGCAAACUGCAGUUACGAGAAGCGAGCUUUUUGGAGGCAGUGAAAGAGAAAUUGGGCCAGGACGACUGUUUGAAGUUAUGGUGAUCAAGACAUCAGGAGUGGACACUUUUCUAAUGAUGACUGGUUAACCAUUUUUCCUUUGGGGAUUAGCAGUUUAACCCAGCCAGUGUGUUUAUGAUGCUGAAUUCAUAGCAGUCAGUACUGUGUACAUGAGAUUGAAUGAUAGCUCUGUGAAUGCGGCAUACAAUGUAUACAGUAAUUUGUGUGGGUACUUCUGGGCAGCGAGAAACCAUAAGCUCUCAACUCUUCUCUCAAAAUUGCUUACCACAUGUUAGCAUUGCAUUAACUGCAUCUGGUUUGGGGUCAGAAUUCUUUCAUUUAACAUGGCUUGCAGGCUGGAAGGGAUCUCUAGUGGGUUAUCCUAAUAAUUUUGAAAUCUUCAAUCUUUCUGUUUUUAGGAACUCAACAAGUAAUCUACCCCAGUGAUUAGGCACACAUGAAAAGUUUAAUAGUUUAAUCUUUUCCCAGUCCAUACAGUUACAUGGAAUGGGAGAAAUAAUUACAUUUCUUAUAGCCUGUGUUAUGGUUCUAUUAUUUAUAUUUAUAUUUAUAUUAUUAUUUAAAUGACAUCAUUUACUAGGGCCUUCCCAAGAUGUUCUGGUUCCUGCUGUAUUGGGGUGCGUUUUUUAAAGAGUGUGGGAUGACCUUUCUCCCCACCACUUCCCCUUUUUGGUCACAGAUUACUACAGUCAUACCUCGGGAUGAAUACGCGUCAGGUUAAGCAUUUUCGGGUUGCGCUCUACAGCGACCUGGAAGUAACGGAGCGCGUUACUUCUGGGUUUCGCCGCUCGCGCAUGCGCAGACACUCAAAAUGAUGUCACACACAUGCGCGGAAGUGGCGAAACGUGACACUUGCAGACGCGGGUUGCGUUCGCUUCAGGAUGCGAACAGGGCUCCGAAAUGGAUCCUGUUCACAUCCAGAGGUACCACUGUAUUCCUCAGAAGCAUUUACAGUAGCGGCCUACACAUUGGUUCAACACACUGAAUGGUUAUUUUAAAACAAUUAACUGGGUCCAUGAACUAUGUGAAUGCACAUGAAUGUCAAUCUAAUAUAAAUGCACAGAGGCAAGCUGUGCAUUAUUAUUAUUUUACUUUAACAGGGGGGGGUGCAUGCAUGCAUCUCUCACAUACAUCAUUUAACUACCGGUAAAUUACACGAGAAGGGGUGGGGGUGGAGAGAUGAGAGUUGGAGAGACCAAGGUGGAGCAAGGUGAAUUCUUCACAUUUAUUUGGACGGGUCAGCCAGGCUUUUGGCUUCUAAAUUUUUAAUAAAGUACCUAAUUGUUUGGAUUGUUAAGAAGGGAGAAGCAUCCUGAGAAAUUCUGAAAGCACUGCAAGAUAUGUCGCUUUGGACAGACUGGCAAAUAUGAUAAAAAUAGUAGCUAAGAACUAACUGGACCUUCAUAGGUCCCUUUAACACUGCAAUUUUAAGGGUACAUGUUUUAGUGCAGUGUAUCAGGCUUGAGGUACAUGCCUUCUCUUCAACCCUUUUGCCUUCCCAUGAAUCUACAUGUUUUGUUUGUUUUUAGGUUCAUGAGUGUGCUUCUAAUGUUAGUAGCUUGCAGUGUUUGAAGUGACCUUUAAGUGAAGGGACUUCCACACUAUAACUAAGCUAUUGCAGUUUAUGAGCUAGAAUCACAUAGAGUUUCAUCAGGCCUGUAUAAACCAUUUUAGUUAGUGUGAGAGGUGUUACACUUUGGUAACAUCAACAAGGUGUCAAUUAGUACAAAUAACUUUCAUUAAAAUGCUAAAACUGACUGUAUCAAUGGGAUCCCCAAGCACUUGGCAAUGAGCACAUACAAAGUCAAGUCUGAUUGCCACUGAAGACACUGUUUUUCCACUGACAGUCUCAUCUAGCUCUGUUGCUGCCAGGGACUUCCUAGUUUGGAGCUCAGCCUCUUAGCCACUAAGGCUACAACCACUCUAAAGAUCAGGCCAGAGCAAAUACCACAGGCAAGAUCUUGUUAUAAACCUUGACACAACUCUUUUAAAUGAAGUUACUCCACACAUGCAAGUCAUCAAGUGCUGAGGAAUCAAGUUUUGAGAAAUGAAUAAAUGAACAUCAAUCCAAGUGGCGAUGGGGUGGUAAUAACAUUUCAUGUUGGUAUUUAAGACCUCUUGACCUCUGCAUGUUACACAGAGAAAUGCCGGUCUCUACAUUCAAAAUACAGUGGUACCUCGGGUUACAUACACUUCAGGUUACAUACCCUUCAGGUUACAGACUCCACUAACCCAGAAAUGUUACCUCGGGUUAAGAACUUUGCUUCAGGAUGAGAACAGAAAUCAUGCAGCAGUGGUGCAGCGGCAGCAGGAGGCCCCAUUAGCUAAAGUGGUGUUUCAGGUUAAGAACAGACCUCCAGAACAAAUUAAGUUCUUGACCCGAGGUACCACUGUAGUCUCUAUGGAGAUCAAUGCAUCAGGCAGCAAGUUGAUAUAUGGUUCUCAUUGCUGCCAUGUUUCUCGAUAAAAUACAUCAACAUGCCUACCUCAUUAAGAAACAGAGUAGUGACAUCCAUUGACUUGACCAAUAGGAGUCCCCUCAUUUAUAAUAUGAUAUAAUAUGUUUGUGCAAUAACCAUGUGAAUGCCUCAGUGCAUUCCACUACUAGCAGACUGGAAGGACAGCUACUUGUGGCACCUUUGGGAUCUACAAUCCCACUUCCCUUUUUCCCCUGUGCAGUUCACAAUGCAUCCACCUUACCCUGAGGCAGAAACACACAUUUUCCCAUAGUUAAUUACUUCCCAGGCAACGCUUAGAUCACUUGUUGGAUCACAAUAUGGUUUCUGUGGACCACAUUUUCUUAACUCCCUUGUUAUUCCAGUCUGCACUCUUGCAAAAUGCCUGGUUAAACCAUUGCUUAAGUAGCCCAGAAUUGAGGAAGCUGAGAAAAUGUGAUAUAGACUGCUCUUGUUGUAUAAAACAGUAGUUUAGGAAAGUAUUAUGUACAUAGAAACAAAUUAAGAGUGCCUAACAGGAUGGGUGCUGCUGAGGAAAAGUGGUUAAUAGAGAAUAUAAGACUGAGGCAUUGAGUAAAUCUCCUGACAUCUAGGCUAGCUUGGAGCAUGUAUGCCAAGAAACUGUAUUCUACAUGAGAGAUGACCACCUGAUGAACAGCAGACCAAAUAUUGCCUUCAAAUCACUCAUCAUCCAAAGUUGUUUUAUUCAGUCCCUAGUAGUGCUACUAGAUUAUAAUCAAGAGAUGGUAAGUGGUUUGCCAAUGGCUUAACUUCAAAGGAAAAUAAAAAGGCAUUUUUUUCAAGUGGAAAGAAAGAGCUAACCCAUGUGGCAACUGCCUCCAGAUUUUCACAUAAUGCUCUGUCUAUAGCUGGGUGCAUGUGCACCAUGCAUAAAAUCGUUCUUGCUGCUCCAUAAAUUUAUUAUGGGGCCUGACCAAUGAUGAGGUUGAUUCAUUUGGCAGCAUACACUUCUGAGUCACAGACUACCACCUGAAGAGUAGAAUGCCCCAGAGAACAUAUAAGUUGGUCAUCCUGUUCCAGUAAUUGAAAAUCAUAAAAACAGGUUGAUACAUCCUCAGCACAUGGUCUCCUUUGCAUCAUGUUCUGGUGACACAGUUCUUCACCAAGUACUUGUUCAAUCUAUGUACAAAAAACAUCCCCAUACUUUAGACAGGGAAGGGGCUUGCACACCGCAAGUCAACAAAGCGUCUCCACUGAGAGAACAAAUAUGUCAGAGUCGAAGGCAAGGCCCUAUAAUUAAUCUAUUCAUAAAAGGUGUAGAACAUUAGUUUCUUUUAAACUAAAGGAAGUUCCUAUCUCAGAAAUCCAUGCAUGAUGCAUUUGCAUAAGAAUUUGCAUUUCUAAGGACCCAUUUUGAUAUUACAGCAGUGGAGUUGCUGCUGCAAUGUGUCUCUUCCCUGGGCUACUCUGGUGACAUCAGAAGGAUGAGGUCACUUGGGAAAAGGCCACGACAGAGCUUCACAACAUCCCAGCAUUGUUCUUCCUGAAAAUUAGAAUAAUGCUGGCAUGGAAAUGAGUCAUGCUAAAUCUUGCCGCCCCCACAUGAUCUCAGACUUCUCAUGCUACCAGAGUGGUGCAGGAAGGAAACAUUUUCCACUGGUCCAUAUCAUAAAGUUUAUGUCAGAAGACACCCUGACACAAGACUGCUUUGGGGAUAAUCUGUUUGGAAAUAUUUGCCCGUAUUAAGUCAAAGAAUGCAUAAGCUGAAUUUUUAUUCCCCUACAAUACAUUAUGCCCAUGUCUUUUGCAACUUUAUGUGGUUGUCUUUGAUAGCUAAGACUGCUCAAUAGGUCGAGUGUAAGAUAAUUCGCAAAUUAUUUCAAUUUUAGAUCUUCUAUUUCUGUAAGGAAAAGUGAACCAAAAGUAGCUCAUAAAUGCUUUAGAGGUGGAAGGUUUCACUGUACCCAGAAAGGAAUAGAUUUGGCUAAACUGAUUUAGCAACAUUUCUUUUUUUAUUGAAGUGUGGAUUUGCUUUUUUUCAAGCAGCAAAAGGACAGUAUCAGAAUACCAGCUGUUGCACGAUAAAGGAAAGUCUUUGCAAGAUAUUCGAAGACGAAACUUCCUGCAAAAUUUAAUUGAAGGGGUUAACACAGCCGAGAUCCAGGCUAUGUCAGAGGUAUCACCAAACCCUAAACCUGCCACCAUCGCAAAGAAUUAUGCUGUCCGGUUUGGCAGUGAAGAUGAAGGCAAGUGCCUGACUCAAGAGACCAACAAAGCCCAGACGUACAAAGAGCAACCUCCUAAGGCUCCAGGAAAGAAAAAGAAAGGAAAGCCCGGGAAACGUAAAGAGCAAGAGAAGAAAAAAAGGAGGAUUCGUUCAGCCUGGCUCAGCUCAAGAGGGUCUGGAAGUGGAAUGACACAGAUCCCCCUAUUGGACAUCUUUGGAACUACACAUAUCAAUACAAGGUAAUGCUCUUCAGCCUUAAUGCAGAAGGUAAUAAUUUAAAUGUCCAGGGUCUACCCAAGACAAUAGGAUGCCUAAAGUGGAAAACUCAAAUGGUAAUCAACAUGGGCAGAAUGCGUUGCAAAGUUCUCCUAUGCAAUUCCAUUGAUGCAAACUGGAGAUGUGCAAGGGAGUCUGGUUCUUGGAUUGAAGGAGAAAUAAAUGAUGUUGAAAAUGUUCUGUUUCCAGCAGUUAUACCUUGCCUCAUAGUAUGACUGUCUCUAAUCCCUAUUUUGUCUACAUCACUUAGAGGGUGAAAAUUAUUAAGCUACUUCCUCUUCUACAAGAGCAGUAGCUCCCCACUUCUUUAAGGUAAUUUGGUUGUUUUAAGCUACCAAGAUAAAUGUCUUCCUUUUGGAGAUACAGUCAUACCUCUGGUUACAUACUUAAUUCGUUCCAGAGGUCUGUUCUUAACCUGAAACUGUUCUUAACCUGAAGCACCACUUUAGCUAAUGGGGCCUCCCACUGCUGCCGUGCUGCCACUGCACGAUUUCUGUUCUCAUCCUGAAGUAAAGUUCUUAACCCGAGGUACCAUUUCUGGGUUAGCGGAGUCUGUAACCUGAAGCGUAUGUAAUCCGAGGUACCAUUGCAGGGAGAGGGGCAGCAAAUCAGUGUUUGCCUUUGAGUCAGUUCCUCAGUAGCAAAGUUACCGUAUUUUUCGCUCUAUAAGACGCACCAGACCACAAGAUGCACCUAUUUUUUGGAGGUGGAAAACAAGGAAAAAAAUAUUCUUAAUCUCAGAAGCCAGAACAGCAAGAGGGAUCGCUGCGCAGUGAAAGCAGCAAUCCCACCUGCUGUUCUGGCUUCUGGGAUAGCUGCGCAGCCUGCAUUCGCUCCAUAAGACGCACAGACAUUUCCCCUUACUUUUUAGGAGGGAAAAAGUGAGUCUUAUAGAGCAAAAAAUACGGUACCUGGACAAAACUCCAAGCUCUUAGAUCCCUCUUUAAGGAAUUAGUAACUACGUAACAACUAUAUUUACUAGUCCUUGGAGGCGGGCAAAUUAAUUUCAGAGAGAUUUGUAUUUGUGCUAGGGAAAAUCAAGCCCUUUACAACUUCUGCACAUUUUAAAAAUGCAACACGGUUUUUCUAUAAUGAGAGGCGUUUCAAAUUUUAGGAUUAUGAGAUGAUAGUCUACCUUAUAUCUUUCACAGAUAUAAAAAGUAAGCUAUGUCCCCCCCUUGUCUUUAACAAUUUACACCAUUUUUUAAAAAAGAAAAAACCUCACUGUUUGUAUCCUUAGGGGAGAACAUGGAAAGUUUCUCUUAGUAAUAUCUGCUAACACCAGCCAGCCUUUCUGCCAUAAUAUUUUCCCUGUCAUUAGGACUUGUUAGUUCAGUUCCAAUUUUGCUGCCAGCUUGUCAAACAAUUACACUGCUGCUGAAAAAUGUGGAGCAUUGCCCCGGGGGUAGAGAAACAUGUUUCUCUCAUGUAUGACAAGCUUCUUUAAAAAGAGUACGUUUAAGAACUGCAACUUUACACAGAUUCCAUAUCAUCAUUUUCUGAAAGAAUUGUGAAAGCUCUCAUUCUUUCACUCCCCUUUAACUAAAAAAAAAAUAUAGUGAUUUUUAUUUCACCCAAAGAUUUCAGGAUUAAGCAUUGCAAUAUGGAAAUUCUAAAUAUGCUUACUCUGAAAUUCAAAAGAGUUCAACAGGAUUUGCUCUCUAACAGGUGUGCUUUUUAGGACUGAAUCUUAUUUUCUUACAUUUGUAACCUACCUUUCUUCCAACGGUCUCAAAACAAAGAGCAUGGAGUCAUCCCUUUUUAGCUAGUAUAUAGACUAUUGACUUAUUUGUAAUAUUAGACACUCAGUUUGCAGCAACAGGCAAAUUUAACCACUAUUUAUAUACUCCUGACACAAGCAUUACUAGUCUCCUGUAAAUAUGUGGAAACGUAAUAAACAGAGGAGGCACCAGACCACAAGAUGCACCUAGUUUUUGGAGGAGGAAAACAAGAAAAAAAGUAUUCUGAAUCUCAGAAGCCAGAACAGCAAGAGGGAUCACUGCGCAGGGAAAGCAGCAAUCCCUCUUUCUGUUCUGGCUUCUGGGAUAGCUGCGCAGCCUGCAUUCGCUCCAUAAGACGCACAGACAUUUCCCCUUACUUUUUAGGAGGGAAAAAGUGAGUCUUAUAGAGCAAAAAAUACGGUAAUAUUUGGGUUCCUGUGUGGGCAACACCUACAGAUACACAAGGUGUCACUUUUGUAUUAUUUGAACUGCAGGACUCAAAUAUAACUCAUGGUCAUCCAAAUGUCAAAAUUGGCCUAAUCUUCAUGUAGACGACUUACUAUUCACAAUAACCCAUUCCCAGAGAUUUUCUAAGUUUAUUCUUAGGACUUGCAUUUCUAUCCACAUUUGUGUGUGUCUUUUUUGUGACAGUCUUUUUAUUUUAUUUUUUUAUUUUUUGCUGCCCAUGGUAACCAUUUUGUCCUAGCACCUACCGAACUUCAACCACUAUGAGUACUGGCAUCACAUUUUUCCCCAAAAGAAAAACUGUCUGCCUGUUUCAGUGGUAAAACAGCCUUCCAUUGGUGCAAUGUGACUUCCCCUUCUUCUUCUCCUCUCCCCUGCAGCUCCUUUGGACUACCUUUCAGGGGAUGCGAGGGAUGAAGAAGAAGGGGAGGUUCUGUCACAUUCAGUCCACUCAUGCGAUGUUGGAUGUAAUCCAUUGUGUUAUAAAUAUUUUGCAACGUUUGAACCAACAUUGCUGCGUCCAAAGGAUACCCAAAACGCUCAAAGCGUUUCUAGAUUGGGGCUUGUCUCAAAACAUUUUUGUUUUCAAUAUAAUAGUUUAUGAGUAUUAUAGAGCCUGUAAGGACUUUGAACACUUGAGAUAUUUAAAAUAUAUCUUUUAGAAAAGGAAGUGAUUAAGCACAAGAGCAAAAUCCCUUCUCUGCCAAAUAGAAUGUAGAAUUUCAGCUUCUGAGCUUCCAAAACAGCUUUACCUGAUGCAGUGCUAAUAAGGUGGCAAAAAAUGCGUGUUCCCACAAUGUUAAUCAAGCGACAAUCAACCUUAAAGACUGGUAGAACAUUUCCAGGAAAAGUGACUUUAGUUAUCUUUUCAUGAUACAACUCUGCUUUCCCCCUCAAAUUGCAGAUUUUAAAAUGCUUUCAAUUAUUUUCCUCAUACACAGUAUAAGAGAAAUCAAGGUGUGAACUUGUCUUAAUAUAGUGCAGCCAGCAUUCAAAGUGGUUGUUUAAUUUGAUCAAGGUAGUAAAAAAACCAAAACCUGGACAUGAUUGUUAUUUAUACACUCUGAAGAAAGGCGAAAGGUCUUAAGAGGUGCACUUCAGAGUCUAAUGCAAAAGGCCAUGGCGCUCCAAGCUGAAAUUCUCUUCAUUCUCCAAAAGAAUGAAAGCUUGCAUCUGAUAACUUGCAAUCUGCUUAUCACUUCCAUGGAUUUGUGUGUCUUAUGUCAGGAUCUUAGGUGAAUAAAGAAAGCUGCUUGAGGGCUGAUGUGUGAAAAUCCUCCAGCUUGGCAGGAUGACACAGAAAACCAGGCUACCGCAGCUUUGCCUAAAGGUUGUUUGCUCAUCUUUAAUAAAUGGUCACCUAUAACCCACCCCUAUUCCGUCAUUUGGCUGUUUUGGUUCUUUCUCCUGGUCCUUUCCCCAUUUUUCAAGUUGUAAGCCAGUCACUCACCUUGGGGAACACAGCUACAGAUGCUGUGCACAGAUAUCCCCAGAAAUGGGAACAGACUUUUCUGAAAUAUAUCUCACGAAAGAGUCAAAGGCAGACUGGAGAAUUACAGGUCUGGGCAGAAUAAAUCUUUGCCCAAUGGCCACCCUCAGCAGGAAAUGUAAAAUAAGUAACAAAGAUGGAACAGAUCUUGAACAGGAUGUCAUAUGUAGGCUCAAACAUAGGAAGCAAAUCUCAACAGGCCUGAAUGGAACUUGGCUGCCUAGCCUGGAUUUGGAAGGUGGAUUUUUCACAAUACCUAGUUUUAGAUUUGUUUUAGUAGCACUAUAUUAAAUUGUGAUUAAAAUGUGAUGCAUUGCUAAUGACUGUGCAUUGAGGGAGGGGGUCUCAGGAGAGACCCAGCUGCAAAGGAUCAGCUACUUGGAAUUGAUCUCUAAUACUUCACAUUGCUAGUUUCAUAGUACUGAAAACCAUGCACAGUAGAGACUGAACAACAAAAAAUCCAGAGUUGUUCAUCAUCUCUUCCAACAGGCACACCCUGUUGUGAGACUAUAAAUGUUGUGUCCAAUUAUUUUGUAUGGGAAAAUAUUAAUUCCCCCCAUUUCUCUUCUCUUUCUUUGCAGGAGGCGUUGACAUCGUCAGCUGAGAUUUUUGGAAAACACACUGCAGUAUUCUGUAAUAGUCAACAUAUGGAAAGUGUUAGAAGUAUUUAUUAUCUGUAAAUAUUGUAAAUGUAUCAGAAUAAAACGUUGGCCACAGAUGCUCUCCAAAACUGCACAUUUGAACAUUGUGAAUAUUGGGAGAUUCUUUUUGUGCAAAGACAAUUCUUGUUGUCCAUUUACCAUAAUUUAUUUUGUUGAAUGAUGUAUUUAUUUCCAUGAACGUUUAUCUUGGUGCUGCUG